GGGAUAAAAGGAGUGCUCAUUCGUCAUGUUUAUUUUUGGCUUUCAUAUCCGUUCCUCAAUCUAAUCGAUUUGAACAAUUAUUUUAAAACGGUUCUUUACAAAACUCUGCCAGCCUUUAUAAGUAGAAGCUGUACAUCUCCGCUCCCAUUUCACCAAAAUGCAGGCCAAUGGUAUCUGCAACGUAAUUAUACCAGACGCGAAGGACCUAGGGAGAGCGCUGUGCAUCAUCACCGGGGCGUCCAAAGGAUUUGGCCGAACCAUAGCGAAAGAGAUUUCCCUGUUACUUAAACCGAGGUCGGUGCUUGUUUUGGCCGCUCGCUCCGAUGACAAAUUGCGGGAACUCCAGGAAAAUUUGGCUUCGUCGGAUGCGGGCAGGGCAGGAUUGGUAACUCGUUGUGUUGUCGUAGACCUAGGAAUGAAAGAAGGGGUGGAAAGUGUCAUCAGGGCCGCGAAAGAGAUUUCCUCCGAGGAUAUUGAACAUUUCAUACUGAUAAACAAUGCUGCCUCUCUGGGAGACGUGUCGCGCUAUGCGCAGAGUUUCACCAACAUGGCGGAGGUGGACUCCUACCUGUCACUCAACGUAAGCUCCGCCCUCAGCCUGACAGCCGGCCUGCUGCAGGUGUUCCCACGACGACAGGGGCUGCGGCGCUGUGUAGUCAACGUGAGCUCGUUGUGUGCCCUGCAGCCCCUCCCCUCCUGGGUGCUGUACUGCACAGGCAAGGCAGCCCGAGACAUGAUGUUCCGUGUGCUGGCAGAGGAGGAGCCGGACCUUCGUGUACUCAACUAUUCCCCAGGUCCCCUGGACACAGACAUGCAGGUGGAGGCCAGGGACUGCACGGCAGACCCUGGUGUGAGGAAGUCCUUCUCGGUCAUGCUCUCCCAGGGUCAGCUGCUCACCUGUGAAGACUCCUGUGCUAAGCUGAUGAAGGUGCUGCUGGAGGAUGAAUACCCCUCCGGAGCACACCUUGAUUUCUAUGAUCUGUAGGGAGAGAGGGGGGAACUAGAAGACAGUGUGGCUCAGACUGGAGAUGAAUAUUUCUGGUGUAGGUACAAUUAUAUAGCCAGAACAACUGGUACAGAUUAGUUUGUUCGCUUCAAAGAUGGUUUUGGGUUAAUAAGAUCUGAUUCUAAACCUGUUUGUGAAGGUGGUAAGGCUUGAGUGAACCGUUUACUGAAUCAGGAGACAUGGAGAGAAGGAAGGUUGAAGACGUUUCUGUCAUCCAAUGCCAUAGGCCUACUGUAGUUACUGAGUUUGGCAAACUAUCCUGAGUCAAUGUUAGGGCCUAACAUUCCAUCCCAUGACAGUACUGUUCUAAUUUGCCUUGGAACUUUUGGUACCAAAAUAGCAUAUAUUAAAGUUCUUUAUCUCAAACAAAGUUUCCUGAACUCUAAACUGUGCAUCUUUUGAUCUGCCAUUUCCUAGUUGUUAGUGGUGCUGAUAUGCUCGUGUUUGUGCAAAUGGUCACAGCCUAACAAAACCAAUGAAAUCAAGUGGAGGCCGCAACUUAUUGGUGAUUUAACGUUGAUUCUUUCUUGUUCCUUAUAUGAUCAUAUGUGUAUACUUGAAUGGUGCCUUCUUGCAUUACCUCUGCUUAGAUGUAGAUCUGUUUUUGUAGUAUAGAUGUACCAUUCAAAAUCAUUCCUAUUUAUUGAGACCAAAUUUACUGCUGUUAAACAGUAUAGAGCAAUUAUUUUCUCCUAUCUUCCUGUCUGCACUUUUAUUAAUUCCUUUGCUUUUUAAGAGUUGUUUUGCUCUACUUGUGGCAUUUCAUGGAGGUAUUCCAUAUGUUUCAGUGUUGUGGUGAAAUCCUGCACAGAGCCUUCACCGUGCGCUACCAAUAACUUUUUCAUGAUUGGUGUGUUCCCUGUGGGACAGUUGCGCUAAUGUAGACUAAUGCGAUUAGCAUGAGGUUGUAUGUAACAAAAACAUAUCUGUUAUUGGCAGAACUUAAAUUCUUGUUAAUAUAACUGCACUGUCCAGUUUACAGUGAAAUAAUACCAUACUAUUGUUUGAGAGUGCAGUUUUGAACAUGAAAUGUUAUUAAUAAACAAAUUGAGCACA